CAGUUCGUUCUUCGCUAGCAGCCGGAGCGGGCUGUGUUAGUGUGUGUGGACCUACCGGCCAAAUCCUGCGUGUCUAACCAGCCGCUUUAACCUGAACCAUGGUGCAGCUAGUAGGACCUCUCAGCAAAGAGCUCGCUGACUCGGUUUCGUCCUGUAAGAUCCUGGUAGUGGGAGCUGGAGGAAUCGGCUGCGAGCUGCUGAAAAAUCUCGUCCUGACCGGCUUCAAAAACAUUGAAGUGAUCGACCUGGACACGAUUGAUGUCAGCAACCUCAACAGGCAGUUCCUCUUUCAGAAGAAGCAUGUGGGCAAGUCCAAAGCACAGGUUGCCAAAGAAAGUGUUCUUCGCUUCUGUCCAUCUGCCAAUAUAACAGCCUACCAUGACAGCAUCAUGAACCCAGACUACAAUGUGGAAUUCUUCAGAAGUUUCCAGCUGGUCAUGAAUGCCCUGGAUAACAGAGCGGCCCGCAAUCAUGUGAACAGGAUGUGUUUGGCUGCUGAUAUUCCUCUAAUCGAGAGUGGUACAGCAGGAUACCUCGGCCAGGUCACUGUGAUCAAGAAGGGAGUGACAGAGUGCUACGAGUGCCAACCUAAACCCACACAGAAGACCUUCCCUGGCUGCACUAUACGCAAUACCCCGUCUGAACCCAUCCACUGCAUUGUGUGGGCCAAAUACCUCUUUAAUCAGCUUUUUGGAGAAGAGGAUGCAGAUCAGGAGGUGUCCCCAGACACGGCUGACCCUGAGGCUGCAUGGAAUCCUGAAGACACAGCCGCACGAGCUACAGCCUCUGAUCAGGAUGGAGAUAUCAAACGUGUUUCUACCAAAGACUGGGCUCGCUCCACAGGCUAUGACCCUGUCAAACUCUUCAACAAGCUCUUCAAAGAUGACAUCAUGUAUUUGUUGACUAUGGAUAAACUGUGGAAGAAGAGGAAAGCCCCAGUACCCCUGGACUGGGCUGAAAUGCUGCAACUUGCAAACCCACAGGAUGAGGGGUGUGGAACAGGGCUGAAAGAUCAGCAGGUGCUUAAUGUAGGUGGAUACUCCAGGCUGUUUCAGCACAGUGUGGAGACCCUCCGAUCCCAGCUGGCAGACAAAGGGGAUGGAGCUGAACUUGUCUGGGACAAGGAUGAUCCUCCAGCCAUGGACUUUGUGACUGCAGCAGCUAACCUGCGCAUGCAUAUCUUCAGCAUGAACAUGAAAAGCCGCUUUGACGUCAAAUCCAUGGCUGGAAACAUCAUCCCUGCCAUCGCCACCACUAAUGCUGUCAUUGCCGGUCUGAUCGUGCUUGAGGCACUAAAAGUUCUGAACUCGGACAUCCAGCAGUGCCGCACGAUUUUCCUGAAUAAGCAGCCGAACCCCAGGAAGAAGCUGCUGGUCCCGUGUGCCCUUGACCGACCCAAUCCCAACUGCUAUGUCUGUGCCAGCAAACCUGAAGUAACGGUCAAACUCAACGUGCAUAAAACCAUUGUACAGGCUCUACAAGAUAAAAUAUUGAAGGAAAAGUUUGGCAUGGUGGCCCCUGAUGUGCAGAUAGAAGAUGGAAAGGGUACGAUCCUCAUCUCUUCAGAGGAAGGAGAGACAGAAGCAAACAACGGCAAGAUGCUGUCAGAUUUUGGGAUUCGGAACGGCAGCCGCCUUCAAGCUGAUGAUUUCCUCCAGGAUUACACUCUCCUGGUUAAUGUACUGCACAGUGAGGAACUGCCAAAGGAUGUAGAGUUUGAAGUUGUUGGGGACGCCCCUGACAAAGCUCCACCCUCUAAAGCACCAGAGGAGGAGAAGAGCAUCACCAAUGGCAACAAAGACUCCGCCCAGCCCUCUACCUCAUCUAAAGCUGUGGUUGAAGAAGAUGACCUCCUCAUCGUGGACUCUGAUGAAGAACCGUCCUCCAGCACUGCAGAUGUUUCCACAGAGACCAGCAGCCUAAAGAGGAAGCACCAGGACGCAGAAACGGGUGAAGCCGCGUCCAAGCGCAAACGCCUUGACCAGCAGUCUGCAGACGACGAUGAUGACAUCAUCGCUCUAGACUAGCGUCCUCUAGCCUUCUCUCCCUCAAGAGGGGCUUCUGUUAUUUUUGUGAUACUGUUCCCAUUACCAAGCAUAUGUAAAUAUAUCUGUACAAAAACUGCUGAGAGCUGGAUGGAUGUCUCUACUUCUUCUUCUUGUAUAUAUUUUGUCCUCUUCAGAGCAAAACAAACAGAUUCUGGGGGUGUGGUCAACAUGGACUGUUUUUAGGAGGCUAAAGAGCUUCCUGAACUUUGUAUUUUUUUUACAACAGCGAACACAUCAUGGAUAUUUUGGCUGAAUUGAAUACGCGGUGCAUUUCAUCUUCAUGGUUAUGGAAAAAAAAAUGUUCCAUAUAUUUAUUGUGUUUUUGUAAACUUCUAUAAAACCAGUAAGGCGGGCAGUCAUUUCACAGUAUACAAUUCAUUUAUCAAAAAAAAAAAAAAAAAAAUUCAAUUCCAUCCGUUCAGCAAGUUUAUCUUAAACAAACAAAAAAAUAUGUAAUCUUUUUUUUUUAAAUACAUUUUGAAGGCAUUCAUGUGUUCUUUAUUCUCUUAAAACAACAUUGCUAAGCUUGAAUCAUCCAAUUGUUUACACAUGUACUUUAUUCAGCACACCACAUCCUCCCAUUUAGCUGUUUAUUAAUUUCAAUCGUUUUAACUGAAUCAGAGUAAUCUGAUCAAAUCUGCUGGGAUUAGAAAUUGCCUCAACCAAACAGGAAGACACCUGAAAGAACAGAUAAUGAUGAAUGAAGAACACUGUGCUCUGGCUGUGACUUGACCUUGCGUAAAGGCGUUAUCGUAAUUGCACUGAGGGCUUCUUGUACGUGCUCAAGGCAAGUCUUAUUGAUGAAUGAAAACACCCUGUUUUUCUGAACAUGUGGGCUAAUGUUUAUGUCGUGAGGUCAAGAGUCCAGCCUUCAGUGUGUCAACAAUGUAAGGGUUCAUCUAAGUGCUCGGUUGGCUGUUGCCUAUUACCUAGUUGGCACGUCCAUGGCUGAUGAUGUCAGAUAAGAUGUUUGUUGUCUUUCCUUCUUUUAUGCCCUUGUAUGAAGAACAUUAUAAUGAAUGAAUUCAGUGUAAAAUAUGAGGACGGAAAGGGUGCUUUUUCAACAGUUGUACUGGUGUGUUUUAUCACAUGUUUACAGUGUUUGUAAUUAAAGGCUGAGAGCCUCUGUUUAUAUUUUUGUUGCAUCAAGCAACAGUUAACUUUC